AAUUUUAUUUUGUAUUCCGACAAUGCUAUAAUGGAUUUAUAUUUACUUGUUACGUGGCUACCUUCACUUUGAUUUCGGAUGUGUUGUAAUUCAAAGAACCGAAUUAGUACACUGUAAAAAAAAAUGCAACGCCUGACGCGUUCCACAGGUGUUUGUUCACAAAACGUAUGUGUUCUCGUUGUGUGCUGCAGUAUAAAAACACAUGCGUUUAUUUAUGGAACGGGACGGUUUAUAACUAGAACAGUAAUGUGCAGUGUUUAAACGGUUGGAGUUAAUAUUGGCAUGCCUGUGUGAACAUGAAACGUUUGUGUUUACUUUUAUGUCAUAAGCUCAUCUCGUGUUUUGAUAAUUAAUAACAAAUCAAACAGAGACAUAACAGUAAACAGAAACAUAACAGUAAGGAUAAGACAAUACGAAUGUUAAGAAAUAUUUAAUGCGAAAGUGUCUCUGUCUUAAACGCCGGUGUUUCAGGGGCGAACAUUCUGCGUAUGUCAUGAGUGCCGAUCAAGAGCACCUUCUGAUAUUAUCCGAGGUGUUACGAAUUUAACUUCCUUUCUCCUGCUGCAGCCGAAUUUUUUGGCGCAAAUUUUACCUUUCUUCAUUUUUGCGUAAAUUUAGCAAGGAAAACAUAGAAAAACAACAGCAUAAGGAUGACUCUAAUGUGGCAGUGCUGAAGGCUUUAGAAUCAGAAAGAGCUUACAGAAAAGGAAAGGGCCAGAAGACUCAGCCUUUGAUGCAAAUAAUUAAGCUUGAAGAUGAUGGGAAUCUUGUGAUACUUUUUUUUUCUGCACCAGAGUCGGCACCAAAGUUGGUUGCAAUUGAGAAAGAUGAAUGUAUUGUGAACAUGGCUAUUGUUUGUGAUGGUACACAUAUUCUUCUAGAGACAGCCGAUUCAAUAGAGGCUAUAGCUGUGUUGAUUGGUUUGUAUUACCUUGCAGACCUAGAUUAUACAAAGGCAUAUUCACAGCAAACUGUACUUCAGUAGCAGUUUGAUGGGCAUAAGAGCUAUAUGGCUUUGUUCAAUAUUUAAAGAGAAUGAACACGGAAAUGGUAAGAAAAGAAAAGAAGCCAAUGUGACUUAAGUGAUCCAGCUAUCAUAAAAGGAAAAGUUGAACUUUACUUUCAUUUGGAUAAUUAUCAGUUUACACUUCCUCAGAAGAAGGAAAAUGACAGGGAAACUUUCUAUUGCUGACAAAAAGCAACUAGAGCAUUAUAUACAAGCGGGUCCAAAACAGUUUGGUUUGUUAUACAGCUUUACUAGGGAUGGUGCAGAUGUAUCAAUUUUCCAUGAACUUUGCGACGAGAAAGGUCCAACAGUGACUGUCAUUUAUGACACUCAAUGUACAGUUUACGGAGGAUUCACAGAGAAAAGCUGGACAUCAAAUUGCGAGUCAUUUUUUAAAGAUGAUCAGGCUUUUCUUUUUCGGCUUUAUCAAAAAGGCAAAAGUAAUUCAAUGAAAUUUCCAGUGAAAAAUCCAGAUAAUGCCAUUUACUGCUCAUACAACAAUGGACCGAUAUUUGGAGGGAGAUAUGAAGAGAAGUCGGUUCCACGUAUUCGAGGUCGUCUUGUUGUUCACAGAAUUGCUGGGGGAUAUGACGUGAACACCUUUAGUGGAACCAUUCUCGUUGAAAACAACCAGUUCACUUUAAAUGGAGAAUUUAACUUUGGCAGUGCCUAUGACAUGGGUUCAUGUUCUAUUGAGCAGUUUUGUAACAACAUCAAAACAGUCACAGACUUGGAGGUUUACAGCGUGUCUGAUACAUCUUUAUUACCACCCUGGAGAGAGCUCGGAGGUUGGAAUCAUCAGAAUUUAGAAGAUUUGAAGAACGAAAUCGAUGCGUGGUCCCCACCUCAUGGGACUGGAUUGAAAACUGCAAACAUUCUCUUCCUUGGACCGGUUGGUGCUGGAAAAUCAAGUUUCUUCAAUACAAUUUCCUCAAUCUUUCGAGGUCAUGUGACUGGACAGGCUGUUUGCGGUAGUGCGGAGCAGAGUAUUACAUCAACGUACCGCAUGUAUCGUGUACGAGGGUCCGCUCUGACAAAAACUAUGAAAUUUAGGCUGUGUGACACCAGAGGCAUUGAAGAAAAUCAAGGUAUGGAUGGUGCGGAGCUCAAUUACCUUUUUGAAGGAAAUGUUCCAAAUGGAUACCAGUUUAAUCCAUCAACACCGAUUACUCCAGACACAACUGGAUUUGUCGCCUCACCGACAUUAAACCACAAAAUGCAUUGUGUUUGCUUCAUAAUAGAUGGUAGCACAGCGUCAGUAAUGUCAGAGAAAAUGUUAGAAAAGAUUAAGGCCCUCCAGAGUAAAGUUCGACAAAAAGGUUUACCACAAGUAGUCUUGGUAACAAAAAUCGACAAAGUUUGUUCUAAUGUAGAAGAAGAUGUGUCCAAAGUGUUUCAGAGUGUUGCAGUUCAAGAGCUUGUUGAUACGGUUUCUAAUAUUUUUGGUGUACCAAGGAGCCAUGUGCUACCAGUUAAAAAUUAUGAAAAGGAAAUCAACGUGAGGGAUGAUGUAAGUUUACUAGCGCUUCAUUCACUGCAGCAGAUCCUCCGGGCAUCUGAGGAUUUCAUGUUUAACCUUCUUGAUAUGCUGGACGACGAGAAGGAUGAGUCUUUGGAUUGAAUGAUAUUCAGCAAAUCAAACACAAAUAAUCCUAUUUAUGACACUUCGAUGAUAACAUUUUAUUUCCACAUAUCAUUUGAUCAGUGUAACACUAGUUAUGUAUUCAAACGUUUGUUAAAAUUCUUGUAGAUACUUUAUAUCCUAUAUUUUGUUAUAUUUGACCUAUGCUGCUUUAAGUAUAAACAUUUGUUUAAAUCCGUUCAACAAAUUGGUGGAGCUCUGUGAAUUUAUGUUAGUUAAAACAUCAAUUUGAUACAUACUUGUUCCUGCCUAUAUCAUUGAUUUAAUUAAAUGCUCAGUUUUAAUGCUGAACAUUUAUCUCGUUUGAUUGCUACCAUAAAAAGUGAUAUUCAUAUAAAUAAAAAAAAUGACGUGAAUGUUUUUCUUUCCAUUUGAUGUGAUGAUUGUGAAGAAUAUGUUAUCCAUGACAGAAUUGAGUAAAGUAUAAGACCUAGCGUAGCAAGUAUCUUUGUAGAAUUUGUAUAAUAGUGUAGAUAUGUAGAUCUAAAUAUUUGUUUUCAUCAUAUUAUACAUUU